CACUGCGGCAAGCUUGACGUGGCGUCGCUGAGCAGGAGAACCGCGGCUGUUGCUCAGUCAGUGUGGUGCAGGCGACGCCAAACGAACCGAACCAUCCGCUAUAAAUACCCAAACGUGUUCGGAACCACACGGGGCGAUGAACGGCAAGUCGACCAACGGUUCGGCGGGAGGCAUGGCCUGCAUCGAGGGUCUCCCGCCGCUGCCCAAGAGCCUGAGCGGCUUGCUGAACUCCAGCGGCGGCUCCUGGAGGGACAUGGAGAGGAUGUACGUGAAGAAGACCAUGAUCCAGGACGACCUGAGCCGAGGCAGGAACAACGUGGACAGCCUGCUGGCCUCCAAGCCGGCCAACCUGGACGCGGCGCUGGCUCUGCUGCGCAAGGAGAUGGUGGGCUUGCGUCAGCAGGACAUGUCCCUGCUGUGCCAGCUGUGGUCGCUCCACGAGUCCAUCCAGGAGUACAAGGGCAGCUGCCAGGACCUGAGCGUCGCCUCCAGCCUCAGCAUGAUGGACAACGGCUACUUCGACGAGGACGACGAGUACUACCCCGAGCCCGGCGCCACUCCCACCGGAGAGCGGCCGGACGCGGAGCUCGGCGCCGCGACCGCGGCCGGGACCGCGGCGGCGGCGGCCAAGAACGGGAGCAUGGGCGGCAAAGACGACAGCUGGGACUCCUUCCACGUUGCCGUCUGAGAGCGUUUCUCUGCAGGUGAACGGACGCUGUGGGGGAAACGGACUGGACUGAACCGUUUCUGGCCUCCGGUGGAGGAGUGGCUGUUAACGGAGUGUCACAAUCCAGUAACCGAUUAGAAAUGUGAAACGCCAGCUGCAGGUGUCACUUCAACUUCUCCUCAGGUCCAACGCGAACCUGCCUGUGCUGUAUUUAAUUAUUUUUCCAGCUUGACCAGAGCGCCGUUGAGCUACGGAGCCGAGCAGCUGGACCUUUUUACCACAUGGCUGUUAAACACUCAAAGACUCCAUUUACUCAAGAUUAGGCAAAACUUGCAAUCGAUUUGCUUCUACCACGUCUCUGCUGCUACUUCAGUGUGAAGUGGUUUUACUAACCAGUCAGAACUUUUUACAUAUACAAAAUCUAUGAAUACAUUUUUAUUAUUUAUUAUAUAAUAUAAAUAGAAGUUAUUUGCUUUCCUAUACUUCUACUCUACCCAGGUACAAGGGUACAGCAUUUACCGUUCGAGACACACCGUGUUAAAGUGAACACGGAGGAGGGGAUUCUGGGUCUGGACUAAAGGCUGGAGCAGCAGACUCCUCACACCUGUGGGUGUCGUUUCUUGCCUUUCCGAAGAGGAAAGGACAAUGUGAAAAGCUGAGUUAGCAUAGGUGUGUGAACGCAGCGGUUACUGCUCGGACACAGACGACCUCUGAGGGACUGGGUUCUGCCCUGGUGGUGUAGAACAUCUGGGUCGCUCCAACUUGGGUUUCAUGGCUGGGCCUGAGUCAUAAUCAGUAAUGAGCCGACAGCCAAGACUCCAGCGGCUCCUCCCGUAGCUCAGCCAGGACGAGGACGUCCACAUCCACCAGAAUGGAACCGGAGUUGGAUUCGGAAACGACUCUGAAAGCCUAAAAUGACCCACUCCACACAACCAGCUUCAAACUCUUAUUCUUAAUAUACUCUGUCAAAUAUGUGAUGCCGAGAGCGAAUGCGAUCAACUUCUCACGUCUUUUGCACUUGCUAUUAGGAGCAGAGGUGCGUAAAUCUGAUUGUAGCUCUAAGCCUCGUAGCAGAUACAAGAGGAAUACAAGGUAUUUUCUCCUUCCUAUGUCCUGCCUGCAGCUGCACAGCUCCGCUCACACCUGCUCACCGCCCUGGAACGCUCCAUUCAUCCCAACACGCUCCAUGCUGGCCACUAACAAGAUUGUAACAGCAGGUGUUUGUACGUCAGGAGAAUUUGCCUUUUAUUAAGCAAAUUAUAAACAAUCUUCUUGGAUGUUAAAAAAAAGUAUCAAAGCCUUAUGUUAAACUUAUGAAUGAGGUCUUCCGUAACGCCGCCGCUGUACAGAUUCCAUCAUCAGCACGCGCCGUCUCUCAGAGGAGCCGCCCCUUUCAGCCGUUUGUUGACGCGGCGUCUGUGUAGAUUGUACGACCUCCACGAGUCGCGUGCACGGGAGCACGAGCCAAUGACGGCUCUCUAAAUGAAACCCUGUGGGUUGAAGGUGCCGAGGUCCCGGCUCACGUCCAUUUAUCACCUGCUACAGCACACAGUGUGAUCUGAUGCCUUGAAGAAUGUCUUAUGAGGAGCUCACUGUUAGUGAUGCCGUCAACAAUGAAAGUGUUAAUGUUAUUAAAGCAGGCAAAGAGCUCAAAUCAAAUGUAGCAAACAAUUUGGCUUUAACUGGAGUUAACAUACUUUAGUUUCAUCUCCCAGACUUUAAAACUGUGUAAUAGUUGGAUCGUCUCUUAAAAUCUUAAGGCUAAUUCUCCUUUUCUCCCAAUCCGCUCGACUCUGUGGGUUUUAAAGAAGUAAUAGUUCAAGUUAAGUUUCCAUUGGUUUAACUUGGCUGUAGCUAAUCUCAUAGUCUGCUUGUGUGUCCUAAUUAUGCAUCUGCAGGCUUUUACAUAAUUACUAAAGAUUCUGACUGAGCCCUCAGUUGAAUGCAUGAAUGCUCAUUUAAACUACCAACACGUUGGCUUGAAUGCUUGGCCUGGGUUACUUUUCUUGGGUCUGUGAAGGACCACGCGCAUCACAAACUGUCUGUAAACUAAAGCGACAUCUUGGCAGAACUUGACAGAUAUUUGUCAGAUGAACCAGUUUUAUUCUGAAAGUCUAAAAAUCCAAGCACAUGGUGCAGUUUAAGGCAUCAUGAGGAAGUACUGAGCCAGUCUUUUAUUGGAUGUCUACACAAUCAGUGCCUUUGUAAACCAGCUCUCAGACCUGCAGCUUGUUGUUGCAGUGGGGAUGGAAAUCUACCGUAAACUGUUUGACUCGCUCGUUUCGAGAGCUGCUUCUAGAAGAAUGGAAACGUUCUUCAGUGGUUUAUGCCACUUUAACAAACACUGUACAGCGCCUGGCAACGGAAAGACACCCAUGUAUGAAAGUCCCAGAAAGAGUAACACUGCUACGCCUAAACCCAGCACAGCUUGAAAUGAAAAAGCAGCAAAUCGUGCCCAGUGUUGAGUUAGUUAUAAAGAAGCCUGCGUGUUUCCCACUCGUACAGUCGUGUGAUUAACAGUCGUGUGAUGUGACGCUCAGGGUAAACGUGGCAAAAUGGUGUUUAUGUUGUGGAUUCCUGGUUAAGAGAUUGUGAUGUAUUUACCCACGGGAAAACAAAUUGACCUCCUGCUACUGGAGCACGAUGGUGACGUGACACUGGGUCCAUUGUGGAGUUUGGUGGUGAAGUCUGUUAUUGCCAAAUGUAAAUUAUGUGUCCACCUUUUCAGCCUCUGCCAUGAAUAGUGAUGAUGGGAAACCCAAGAAACAAGAUCACAUUCAAACCCAAUUCAAACAAUCACAAAAAAAAAGUUUAAGGAGGCAGAAAGACUGAUUUGACUUGAUCUGUUCAUCAGACAAAACCAAUUCCUACUUCAGAUGCUUCACAGAAACUAAUAAUGUGUCAUUUUGCUUAGAAACCUGCACCAUCAGCUCAUGUAUCAAAUCUAGUUGAUCCUAUUAACUCUUUCCAUUUCUGUGUCUGGUAAAGUGGUUUGUAUCUAGAUGAGGGACCAGAAUCGUGACAUGUGUGACUUCAUAUUUAUUCUGUAAAGCUUUCAUCACAAUUAUUCAUUAAAUCUAUAGAGAGGACAUUUUAAUGAUCAAA